GUUGUACGUGCCUCUUUCUUUGAAAGUAGUAGAUGAUUCAUUCAUGAAUAACUUAUGAAGUUUUUUAAUCUUCGAUUACAACACAUAAGUACCCCGCUUUCCGGGGUUUCUCUUUUAUCAAACGGCCGCUGCUCUUAUACUAAUGCAGCUCAGCUGGCACUCCAGACGUCCAGACCCUGCAGACGCGCUAUCACGCCACAAAAGCUAUAUAGCAACGCAUUGGGUGCAACGGUGCAACGUCACAUCUUUUAUAAUCCGAUUGUUGGGCGCUGACGCGCUUGGGGUUCUCGUGUACGCUGCAUCAGCAGAGAAGCUGACGAUCCUCCGAACCCGAAGCUGUAUAGCUGUACUAUAUACGUGUAAGCAUAGCAACUGCUCUGUGCACUACGUCGGCUGAUGAGUUGACCGCGUGCCAUUGACACUGACGCUGCUGGUGUAUGUGUGAGAGGAUGCUUCUGCGAGUGAUCAGUUAAUAUAAUUUUGGGGAGAAGCAGGAAGAGUCGCUCUCCGUGCACACAGCACUUCUACAGACAGCGUAAAGAGGCUGAUAGACGAAAUCCGCUUUGGAGCAUAUAUACCAAAAUGUCACACCAGACGGGAAUCAAAGCCAAUGAAGCCUUAAAAAAAAUCUUCAGCAAGUGCAGGGAUGGAAAAAUCCGUGUCCUCAAAGUAUCUAUUGAAAAUGAGGCAUUGUCUCCUUCAACCUCAUCUAAACCUGUAAAAGACUGGCAAAGUGAUUAUGAAAAAAUGAUCAAACCCCUUAUUGAAGAGACCCAGCCAGCGUACAUUCUUUUUCGACUUGACACAAAGUCUCCUGACUCUGGUUACGAUUGGUUACUUAUAUCUUGGUCUCCGGAUGUUGCUCCUGUUAGACAGAAAAUGUUGUACGCCUCGACUAAAGCGACUCUCAAGCAAGAAUUUGGAUCUGCAUCUAUAAAAGAAGAACUUCAUGGCACUGUUCCAGAUGAUAUUAAUUUAGAAGGUUACCGUAAACAUAAGAGUAAUGACGCGGUUCCAGCUCCAUUAACUUCUGUAGAAGAGGAACUUGCAGUAUUGAAAAAGACAACUACUCAUACUGAUUAUGGUGUUGAAACGAGACAGCAAACCAUAAGUGGCGUUGCAUUUCCCGUGACAGAUGAGGCAAAGCAAGCAAUCUCAGAUAUAGGAAAAAAUGUUUACGAAUACGUACAAUUAAAAAUUGAUCUGGAGGAAGAAAAAAUUCAUUUAGUAACUGCAGGUGAUGUUUCAUUGGAUAAACUUCCUACCAAGGUACCUUCAGAUUCUGCGAGAUAUCACUUGUACAACUUUAAGCACACCCAUGAAGGAGAUUACAUGGAAUGCAUAGUUUUCAUAUACAGUAUGCCAGGAUACACUUGUAGCAUCAAGGAAAGAAUGCUGUAUUCUUCGUGUAAAGCUCCUUUACUCGAACUGAUCCAGUCUUUGGGAGUAACAAUUACAAAAAAAUUGGAAGUGACUAACGGUGAGGAGUUAGCGGACAUGUUGGAAGACCCGCUGUCAGAGGUAGAAGGCACAGGUACGUCGACACCGGCAACUCCGUCGACCCCUUGCGCACCACCAAAUACAAUAAUGCAAAAGAAAUCCAAGCCGAAGCGAUCCUGCAUAAUAAGUUAACAGGCCUAAAGCUCCUUGUACUGCCUAUACUCGCACCAUCUAAUGACUUUCUUUCAAUUUCAAAGAAUCAAAGACGGCAAUAACAACUCAAAGCGUUUACCAAAUGAAAGAAUGAGGAAGAGAUGCAAAGGAAUAACGUCCAAAACUUCGGAUUUCGAUCUUGUGAUAUAGAGUAAAAAUUUCUGAGAUAUAGAUAUAUAAACGGAUAUAUAUUUAAAUACAAUCUUUACAAAGAUCGUAUUCCCUCAACUCUUUGAGAUUGUAGGAUAUUAGUCUAUGAAAGUGAUAUAUUGGUUGAGAUAAAUACAAGUAUAAUGUAGCGACAAAGACGACGAAAAAAGAAAAAAAAAAAAAUUAAAGCAACAAUGUAUUUUUCUAAAUUUUUUUGGAGACAAUCUUUUUCAUUGCACAAGUUAUUUUAUUAUUCCACAUGGAAGUAUUUUGAAAACGAAAACGAAGCACCGCACAAAAUAACUUUAAAUAAAUUAUUUUUGAAAACCACUGAAAAAUUAAUUACGACUUGCGCUAUUAAAAAGAAUUUCUAGAGUUGGUUUACUUUCUAAAACUAACUCCAUUCCAUGGUAAUUUGAAAUUGCGCGAGUAUCCUACAGUGCAAAGUUAAUAUAAGAGUUUUAUUCUGAAAUUUGCAAGUGAUAUUAUUAUUAUUAUUACGAGAUUCUUUAAGAUUAUGGAAAUUCAUAGUUACAUUCAAUUUCAUUUUUAAUUUUUGUAAAAUUUUGAAAAUCCCGUUACAAACUAUUGGUCCGAUUUCCCUUGAAAUGAGGUAUUUUUCUAAACUUUAUUUGUGAUACACCUAGUUUUCAGUUAUAUUUUUUUUCCUAUUUAUAUUAUUUUUUUUAAAUAUUCAACUGUACAAACGAACCUGUUUACUGUGUACCGCUCUUGAAAGUUUUAAAAUAAUUUACAUAUGUAUGCUAUGGCCCGAGAAUCAAGAUUUAUUGUCUGAAUUGAUAAAAAUUACAGUGCACUGCCACAUUAGUUACUAGUCCAGUGAUGCCAUUAUUGUGAUGUUCUUACGUGAUCACUUAACUAUUCAUCAAAAUUAAACUUAAAUCGAGGUUGAUUUCGGACAUCUGUGGGAAUUUUUUUCCGUAAAAAGUAUUGUAAUCUCAAAAUAAAGUCUCAAAUAUUAUUUUCUUACAAAUUUGUAUACAGUUUACCAUUUUCUGACUAAUUUUUAUUACGAAUAUAUUACAAAUGGAUUUGUAGAAUGAUUCGAAAAAUGCCGAUACCUAAAGAGGUUGCUAAGAGCAUAUAAAUCUUAUUUUCGUACGCUGAAGAUUAUACGAAUGAUUGUUAUUUUAAAGAUUAUUAUUAAUUCUAUUGAUGAAUAAUCGAUAGUCAGUUCAUUGAAAUGCCAUGUAAUAGAAUAUAAAAAGUUGGAGUAUUUUGAACGCUUAAUAAGUACAAUGUAAUCAGUACUAGCUUAUAUUUUUCUAUAUCUUGUGUCGAUAAAAAUAAUGUGCAGUCAUGCGAUUAUAAAUAAUGCAAAAAAAAAAAAUUUUUUUUGAUUAACUCCAGCUGUAAAAGUAUCUUUUCAGAUUUCAUUUUUGUGCAAAAUACUUUGAUUGAUAAAAAACCAAUUGAUAUUGGUGAUUUUCAAAUUAGAACUGCCGUAUUUUUAAAUCUUUUAUUCGAGAUGCCAAUUAAAAAAUCGAAAAAGUGAUCCAUUCAACAGAAUAAUUUCAAACUGUAUGAUUCUUAAAAAUAAGAAAUAGUUUGGAUGUAAUGUUAAUAUAAAUACUUUUACUGCAGGCCAAAAUCUGUGUAAUGUCUCUGAUAUUCUACUAGUAUCAAUGACAAAAGAAAAGAUGUAUAGAAAAAACAGGUGUUUAAGAAAAUACAAACAAAUAAUACAUAUUUUUGUACAUGUUUAAUCGAACAUGUAAAUUUUCUGUAAAAUAUGUAUGUCCUCGUAUUUUUAUAGCCCAUCAAAUGUCGAAAUAUUGUUUAUGUAUUCCAAAAAUGGAAGAAAUGUAUCGGUUUCAGUGUUUAAUGUAAAAAGUGUGAUUGUGAAAAAUUGUAAUUUUUAAGACUGACUAUAAUUUUUCCUGUUUACUUUGAAUUUUCGUGUAUGUACAACUAAUGUAUGAUAGAUGUAGUUUCACUAACAUUCCAGAUCUGUGAAAAACUUUUUAAAAAUAAGUAUUCCACUCUCAAAAAAAAUUAUAAGAUACAAUAGGUAAUAAAUCUCACUAUCUUGAAUCUUUAGAGGACUAGAAAGCCAAUGUAUUGGCUAGACUUUGUCGUAGUUAAUCUUUGAUUAAAUAGAUGAGUUGAGACUAUUUUUCAACGGAGUUUUAUGAUCCUAAUUACCUGGUCCUCUAAAGGAAAAAAAUAAAUUUCAUUGCUUGCAAUGAAAAGUUGGAAGAAAAUGGAAAAACCAAAUAUAGAAAUAUAAAAACAUAAAAUUAAAGAAGUGCAUCUAUUUUAUGUGAUCGGUAUUUUUGCAUCUAAUGUGCACUUUAAAGUAAUCGCUGUAAUUUAUCUUAAUCAAAGCAAUCUUCCAAAUAUUUCGUAAUUAAAAUCAAAAUUAUGAUGACAAAACGACCGAAAUGAAUAACCAUACAAAAAAAUGCGUGAGAUUUUUAACCAUAUACAAAUACAAGCAAUUAUUAUUGCCAUUUUUUUUUAAUUUAUUGAUGCUUGCCUGGAGCUGCAUAAUUACUAUUAUUAUAAUGAUAAUGAUUAUUACCACUAUACAUUCUUACAAUUGAACUAUUACUAUAAUUAUAUUAACCUUAAAUCUUGUUAGAAGAGCGAUGCUUCUUCCAGGCCUAUUCUGUAAAAUCGUAUUUAUUUUAUUACGAGAUAAAUAGUUUUAUCCAAGUGAUUGCCAAGCUUCAACAAUUAACCAAUCGUCAUUGUGAAUAAAUAAAUUAGGUUUAAGUGUAUAUCUUGCCAAUGAUACGCCGAGCAUCGAAAUAUAAUAAAAUGCUGUUAUUAAAUUGUGAAAUGAACUUAAACACUCUUUUAUACUACUUAUUCUCCCAUUAUCAUUUCAUUAUCAAAUACAGAAUUGAAGACAAGAAACCAAUUGGUAUGUAAAAAUUACUAGUG